AACAGGUAUCGAGGAAACAACACAGCGUAAUAAUUGCAUCAACAUUUAUUAAGAACAUUAAGAAUGUACCAACGUCUUUUCAUUACAGCUUUGCAGUCGCUUUUGACGAAUCUGCUGGAAAGGGACGCAAAAUAGCUCAUAUGCACGCGCACAUCCCUAGUUAACAUGAUCCCCAGUUGCUCCAUCACACCGGUAAUUCUGGGCGGUAUAAAUGUGAUCAUAUGAGCUCAUGUAAUUGCGUUAAAUUAAACGUUCGACCGCUUAAACGCGGAAGAACAGAUGACAUAAUCAAAGGGAACUUCAGGGAUCAGUUUCAUUUGUCCCGAGCACUUUGUCAGAAUGGCUGGAGGAAAGUGUGACUCUGAUAAUAAUCAAGAUUCUUCUGACGACUGCGUGGAAGAAAAUUGUAUUUUCUGUAAAAUCGCAAACAGAGACGAUCCAUCCACUGAGAUAUUGGCGGAAGAUGAGGACAUUGUUUGUUUCCAGGACAUUGAUCCAGGUGCACCUCAUCAUUACCUGGUUAUACCAAAGAAACAUGUCCAUAGCUGUUUGUCACUCCAAGCUGAUGAUAUAAAUCUAGUGAAGAAGAUGGCAGAUAUGGGAAGAGAUGUACUGAAAGCCAAGAAUGUCACAAAUUUGGAAGACAUCAGUCUAGGUUUCCAUGUGCCUCCUUAUAUCACUGUUCCCCACCUGCACCUCCAUGUUCUAGCACCUUUCAGUCAAUUGUUUAAAUGGUCAAGGUGCAAGUAUACAGCCAUCUGGUACCUCAGUGAGGAGAUGCUGCUUAAGAAACUGAUGGAGAAUAAAAAAGAAAACAAUGGACAUGUAACAAUUGCAUGCUGCCAUGUGUAGCUAUGUGAGCCUUAUUACUGAACAAAAAACUUGAAAUCACAAGGCACUUUAGUGAAGAUCAGUGGUUUUCAUUUUCAUAUUUUUUAUAUAAUGCUAAAGUAUUUUAAAGCCUGGGAUGGUAUUUUUUUAAAUUUGACAAUUACUAUUUAUAACUAAAGUGUAAUCUAAACAAUAAUGUCUAAUGUUAUUAAAUGGAUGGAAAUGUU